UAAAGGAAUCUUUAUCAUAGAAGGGAGAAUUUCUAUUUCUGCAGUUACGUUCUUGUGUGUCAUCGUAUUAAUUUGUGACGCGUUUAUGUUGUUGAUAAUUGAUACUUAUGAAGUGCAGAUAUAUUGUUGCAUUAUCAAAAGUCAAUUUCGUGUCGUAGAAAAAUAAUACGACGCAAACGUUCAAGAAAGUAUAGUUAAAUAUACAUCAUGGAUGAUCAUAACAUGGAUCAAAAUAUUUUAACAGUUCUUAAACUUCUUAUGAUAGGAGAAUCUAACGUGGGUAAAUCAAGUAUACUUUUAAGGUUCACAGAAGAUGAAUUCUCGGAAAAUAUGCGAAAUACAGUUGGUAUGGACUAUAAAACAAAAUAUAUCACAAUCGAUGAUAGUAUAGUAAAACUUGCUAUUUGGGAUACCGCUGGACAAGAACGAUUUCGUACUUUAACACCAAGUUAUUAUAGAGAUGGACAAGGAGCUAUUCUAGUAUAUGAUGUUACCGAUAGGAAUACAUUUUUAAAACUAGAUACAUGGCUUAACGAAUUAAAUACAUAUUGCAAUAAAACAGAUAUUGUUAAGAUGAUAGUUGGUAAUAAAAUAGAUCUACCUAACAGAGAGGUAAGCAAUGAAGAAGGUUUACAAUUUGCUAGAAGACAUCAGUCGCUUUAUAUCGAAAGUAGUGCUAAAACUGCGGAUGGAGUUAAGUGUUGCUUUGAGGAGCUCGUUCAAAAGAUAUUGCAAACUCCCGGUUUGUGGGAUACUCAAUCGCAAAAAUAUAUCGAUAAUGGCAAUAAUACAACUGGUGCGAGAUAUCGAAUGGGAAAAAGAGGAUUACAAUUGACGGAUGGUUACGAACCACAAAAUUAUUCAUAUUCGCGUUGUUAUUGUAGUAUGAUUUAAGUGGCUGUGAUAAAGAAAUUCUUUUGGUAAUGAUUGUAAUCAUGAUGCCUACUGUAUGGUAUGUUGUUUAUUUAAACAACAAGAAUAAGUUAUAAUGAAUAAUUAAUAAUACUGUAAAUCAUUGUUAGAAUUAUAUUAAAUUAGAUAAAGAAACAAACAUACACCUUUCACAUCUGUGAACAAUACAAACAAAAUGUGCUAACAAUUUUAUUAUAAAUUAAUCAUUCACAUUUAACGACGAAUUUAAAAAAAUAUCAUCAAUUUAUAGUUAUAUAUUGCAGGUGUACAAAAAAAUCGGACGUAGGAUGAGCCAAGAAUGAAAAAGCUGAUGCUUUGAACCAUUAAUAAUAAUAAUAAUA